AUGAUGAACAGCGAUCAAGCAACCAAGCACGAGCACGAGGGUUUGGCUUCGGUCCCUACUGAUCCUCAGGAUGUCGAAGUCCAUGUCAUCGACGCCCCUAUAUCUCACGAUGCUGUCUUUGGUGACAUCACAGGAGAUGGACCUAACUACCGCAAUGUUGGAUGGCUAGGAACAUCUGCUUUGAUGAUGAAGACCCAGAUCGGUCUGGGCAUUCUAUCCAUACCAUCGGCCUUCCACACGCUCGGCAUCAUUCCUGGCGUCAUUUGCCUUCUGCUCAUUGGAGGCAUAACAACAUGGUCUAACUAUGUGAUUGGUACCUUCAAACUCAACCAUCGCGAGGUUUACGACAUUGGCGAUGCAGGUGGUAUCCUGUUUGGGCGAAUUGGACGAGAGUUUCUCGGCAUCAGUUUUGCCUUGUUCACCAUCUUCGCAAUUGCAUCCGGUAUUCUUGGUAUUUCCAUUAGCUUCAAUGCUUUGUCGGACCAUGGAACUUGCACUGCUACCUUUGUUGCGGUGGCAGCUAUCAUUGUCUUCUUGUGUGCCAGUAUUCGUACACUGGGUCGAAUGAGUUGGCUGGCUUGGGCCGGACUCAUUCCUCUUCUGAUUGCCGGUUCGUCUUCCACUCCAAUUCACAUCUUUAUAGAGGCCAAUCCUGACCAAAGACCUCUAGUCUACCUCGUUACCAUCGCCGUUAGCGUCCAAGGCCGACCCUCUGCUGCACCCAAGAUCGACAUGGACGAGAAGUGGAUGUCAGACUGGAAACUUGUCGGUACACCGACGUUCAUCGAUGCCAUGGCUGCGCUUUCGACCAUUGUCUUUGCGUAUGCCGGCACGCCCCUUUUCUUCCCCAUCGCGGCUGAGAUGCGUGAGCCACGCCACUACACAAAGGCGAUGCUUCUCUGCCAGGGUGUCGCAACGGCGACAUACCUGAGUGUCGGAAUUAUAAUCUACUACUUUUGUGGCUCUUAUGUUGCGACGCCUGCUCUGGGCUCGGCUGGUAAGACUAUCAAGAAAGCUGCCUAUGGUCUUGCUCUACCAGGGCUUAUCGUUGGUGCGACCAUCAACACUCAUGUGACUGGAAAGUAUGCAUUCGUUCGGAUCCUUCGAGGCUCAGAGCAUCUCACAGCAAACACCUUCACCCACUGGGCCACAUGGCUGAGCAUGAUUUUCGGCACUGCUUUGUUCGCAUACAUCAUAGCAAGUGCCAUCCCGGUCUUUGGAAGUCUUGUUUCCCUCGUCGGAGCUCUGCUCGGUACUCUUCAAGCAUUCCAACCGUAUGGUUGCUUCUGGCUGUACGACAAUUGGCGCAAGGGCAAGCAGGAGAAGUCUCUACGAUGGAUCCUCAUGGUUGCAUGGAGCAUAUUUGUCAUUGUUUCAGGAACAUUCUUGAUGAUUGCUGGAACAUAUGGUUCUGUCAUUGGGGUUAUCGAGUCUGGUAAGAAAGGAGGUGGUCGUCCUUGGUCUUGUGCAGACAACUCCAACUCUGUAGGAACUUAG